AUGUCUACGCAGAGGCUAAUCGACCGCGACGAGCGCACUCGCAAGAAACCCAUGCGCAUCCUGGUCCUGGGCAUGUGUCGCACGGGAACAACAACGAUCGCCGUCGCGCUCCGCAAACUGGGGUAUACCUCGCAUCAAAUGCGCGACGUUCUCGCUAAACCGUCUGAACUCGCACUGUGGGAAGAAGCCGUCAACGUUACUCUGCUACCGCCCCAAGACCGGCCAUCCAACCAGAAGACAAUGGAACCGUACGGUAAAGCAGAAUUCGACAAGCUUCUAGCGGACUACGAUGUGGUUAUGGACUUACCUGGAUGUGUGUUUGCGUCGCAACUGGUGGAGGCCUAUCCAGACGCCAAAGUCAUCCUAACAAAGAGAAGGUACGAAGACUGGGAACAGAGUAUGCAAGAAAGUAUAUGGUGUCUCGAUACAUGGCGGCUCUUUACGCUCUGUCGACAAUUCAACCUUACACAAAUGGCACCAUUGACGCGACUUGUACAUUCCGUAUUUCGGGUGCAUAACGAUAAUAAUUAUGGUGGUCCUGCAGCGAAAGCGGCGUAUAACAAACAUUACGACACUGUCCGUUCGCUAGUAUCUCAGGAUCGUCUACUCGAGCUGGAUACUGAUGUGGAUCUGAGUUGGGAGCCUCUUUGUCAAUUCUUGGGCAGAGAAGUACCGCAACAAAACUUCCCAAAAAUGAGCGAGGAGAAGACAAUGCGCAAGGGACUCGAGAAUGCGUGGUGGGGUAUGGUUCUGUACUUUGUGUCGAUGGUUCUGUUGCCCGGUGGUGUUAUAGUUGGGUCAUACUUACUGUUUACACAUGCCCCUGAGUUGAGAGCAUAUCGAGAUGAGUGGUUGAUGGUGGCAAAGAAGUACAUGGAGACAGGAGAGCUGUGA